CUUGAAAUACAUGAUUGGAUGAUCAGAUCAAAGUAAACACCCCAUGAACCUUCUACUCCAAUGAUUUGGAAGAAGGCAAGCAGGCAUGGGACGUUCUUGUCAAGCAAAGAGGAAGUUGCUUCUGUAAACAUGGCAAGUGCACCGCCGCUGGAGACUGCUGAAUUUGGGGGCCACCUUCAGCCACCCUCUUAUGAAGAAUCAAUGACUCCUCAGUAUACACAUGGUCCUGGGCUUCCUCCAGCCUACACCAAGAUGGCACACCAACAAUACCCAACACAAGUGCAUAGUCAAGCAUAUCCACCAGCCCAUAGUCCUAUCAGUCCAAUAGUGUCAGUACAGACCAUUUACAUGCAGCCUGGUGUGGUGUAUGGGCAUCUUCCAGUGCAUACACACUGUCCUGCAUGUGCCCAAAUGGUUGUCACUCGCUUGGAACACAACCCUGGAACAAUGGCCUGGCUCACUUGUGCCGGUCUGUUCAUUUUCGGUUGUAUCUAUGGAUGCUGCCUGAUUCCUUUCUGUCUGGAUGGUUUGAAAGAUGUGACACAUCGGUGUCCCAACUGCAGCAAACCCCUUGGGGUCUACAAGCGACUUUGAAAACAUGUUUUUAACAUUUAACAGCACAUCUAGGCCUAAGUCGACUCACCUUAAAUCAUUUUUUACUUAAAUGAGUCAUUUGAGGCCAAAUGUGUGACAUGAUAGGGAUAAGAAUGUAUAAUCAUAAUUCACUGUAAGCCAAUCAUUGUGAUUCAUGUUGUGGACAUUAUUUUUGUUGUCUUGUUAUCUUAUUAUGAAAGACUGUAUAUAGCUGAAGUCAUAGCUGUCUGGUGUAGCAAAAUACAGUAUAUUGAUAUAUAUAACCUUAAAAGGUAAUAGCCUAAGUUAUAGUAGUUUUUAUGUUUGGCCUCCUCAACCACCAAAAGACAAAUGUAUAAUAACCCAUUUUGCGAUUGUGUCAAUUGCCAUAAAUGGAAUUUAAAUAUGAGUAUACACAUUAUUCAGAUUUUAUUAUGAUGUAACUCUGGUAAGCACAAGUAAAUUUACAUAGUUUACAUAUA